GUAUAUAUAGUCAGUGAGGCUAUCAGAGUUCUCCUGGCAGCCAUCAUGAAGGGUAUAGUCUCAAUCUGCUGCUUCUUCAGCCUGCUUGUCCUGGCCUUAGCAGAGGAGGAGGUGGAGGAUGUCCUGAGCCACAUCCUGAGAGACAGAUCACACAUCGACGAGACACUGAGACUGGCCUCUGAGGAGAACGCAGCAGAACACUAUCAUGGGUUCAAAUACUUUGACUCUUGGGGGUGCCCAAUACCACACUUAAAAUAUAUAGACUCUUGGGGUUGCCCGAAGCCACUUGGGGCUGCUAUUCAGAAGUUACGUAAGAUCUACCACUCAGCCAUCAAGCCCAUGGAACAGGCCUAUAAGUACAACGAGCUCAGAGCACAUGAGAUCUCAGGCGGACGAACACUGGGGGAUGGGAACACAGAUGGGGAGAUCACCUCCAAGCCCAUGGUGUUGUUCCUUGGGCCCUGGAGUGUAGGCAAGUCCUCCAUGAUCAACUAUCUGCUUGGCCUGAAGGACAGCCCCUACCAGCUGUACACAGGUGCUGAGCCCACUACCUCUGAGUUCACUGUGAUCAUGCACGGCGAGAAGACCCGCUCCAUAGAGGGUAUCGUCAUGGCGGCCGACAGCUCGCGCUCCUUCUCGCCCCUGGAGAAGUUUGGGCAGAGCUUUCUUGAGAAGCUGAUUGGCAUUGAGAUGCCCCACAAGCUGCUGGAGCGCGUCACCUUCGUGGACACACCUGGAAUCAUUGAGAACCGCAAGCAGCAGGAGAGAGGCUAUCCCUUCAACGAUGUGUGCCAGUGGUUCAUUGAUCGUGCCGACCUCAUCUUCGUGACCUUUGACCCCACCAAGCUGGACGUGGGCCUGGAGCUGGAGAUGCUCUUCCGCCAGCUGAAGGGUCGUGAGUCCCAGAUCCGCAUCAUCCUCAACAAGGCAGACAACCUGGCCACCCAGGACUUGAUGCGUGUCUACGGUGCCCUCUUCUGGUCGCUAGCACCCCUCAUCAACGUCACAGAGCCCCCAAGGGUCUACGUCAGCUCUUUCUGGCCUUUCGACUAUGCACCCGACACCAGUCGCGAGCUGUUUAAGCGCGAGGAGAUCUCCCUCUUGGAAGACCUCAACCAGGUGAUCGAGAACCGCAUGGAGAACAAGAUCGCCUUCAUCCGCCAGCAUGCCAUCCGGGUGCGCAUCCAUGCACUUCUGGUGGACCGCUACGUUCAGACCUUCAAGGACAAGAUGAGCUACUUCAGUGACCCGGACCUGGUGUUCAAGGAGAUCGUGGACGAACCGGACAAGUUCUUCAUCUUCAAGUCCAUCCUGGCCAAGACGAACGUGAGCAAGUUCGACCUGCCCAACCGUGAAGCCUACCAGGACUUCUUCGGUGUGAAUCCGAUUGGCAGUUUCAAGUCCCUGUCCGCCCAGUGCUCCUACUCAGGCGGCUGCCUGCUGGACAAGAUCGAGAAGGCCAUCACCAGUGAGCUGCCGGGUCUCCUAAGCAGCAUCAACCCAGGCAAGGCCCCCCCUGGCCUGUCCUCCUGCGAGGCCACUGGAUGCGGAGACAAGCCUAAGAACCGCUAUCGGAAAAACUGAUAGAAUACGAGAGAGAGGAGGAGGGAAGAGAAGAAAGGAAGAAGAGGAGGUGUGAAGGAGUGAUAAAGGAAAAAAGCGGAACGGUGACAUUGGUCAGACCCCCGGUCUUGUCAGACCCCCGGUCUUGUCAGACCCCCGGUCUGGUCAGAAGCCUGUAAUGUUGUUGUUUGAGGAGACAGAGAAGGGAAGGGUUCAUUUAGAGGGUUGUUUCUCAGGAGAACAAGAGGUGGUGGUGUGUUGAGGGUUUGGGGAGAGGAAGAGAUGGAGGGAGGAAGGGUUUGUGUGUAUGAUUUGGCAGCUGAGAAUAAUAGUUGCUUGGAGAGAUGAGAAGAUUACAGAAUAACUCAUCUCCCUCCUCUCUCCCUUGCACAACCACAAUGAACUGUCUGUGAUUGCAGGAAAAAUAGGUAAAAUUGUAUUAAAAAAAAUAAUUGUGAGACUGAAACAGUCACCCACCUCCCUUGUAUGUGAAUAAAAUGGGACAUUGGAAACAGGAGUUGCCAAUUUGUUUUACAAAAUCUUAUUUGAAAAAUGCAUUGCAGCAGGUCUCAAUUCUCUGCGACGUUCUUUGUCUUUCUUUUUGAAGUCUGGGUUCAGUCCUUUCCACAGACAUUAGAUCUGGAUCUUUUUUCUCUCCUAUGAAGGCAUUAUAAGCUCAGCCUUUAGGUGUAAUAACACUGUCAAGAUACCUUUUAACACUGCAUGUUAGAUGACAGAUGGUAUUUAUUUAAUAACAGAUGAUAUCAUAGGUGCAUGUAUUUAUCUUUCUCACUUUGAACUUUCAAUAAUGUUCCCUUAAACAACUGACAAACCUUAUGGUGCAGUCCCAACAAACUCUAUGUACAGUGCUGUAAGAUGGUCCACUCUCUUGGCCAUCUUUGUUUUAUAUGCUUCUUCUCGCUCUCAGGUUGUUGACAGCCUGUGAUAUGAGCAGAGACGAAAGAGGAAGCGAGACAUCCUACUCCCUUAUUUUUUCUGGUUCAUAUGCAGUCCAUGAACUAAGUAGACCAGACCCAGCUGUUAUCACAUUGGUGUCUAUGGGAGAACACCCCUUAAGCAGACCGCAACUGUGACCAUUUUUUUCAAUGGUAAAAGGCCUGAGUGGGACAUCUUCAUUUAUCCACCAUCUUUGAUAUGAGCAGUGUCUUGAAUGCAGAUGUCAGGGUCAUGAUCUUCAUAUCCUAUUGGUGGUAGGGAGGGGUGAUGGGGUGGGGUUUUGGGUGUACUCUGAUUCACUUCUUAACUAUGCUUACUUUGCUGUUGUUGUUUGAGUAUAUACAUUUGCUGGCUUAGUUGCCAGGUCUGUUUGUGCUUUAGCCCUUCUAUCAUAUUGCAUGACAAAGUACAAACAGAGAAGAGUUGGCUAAAGCACAAACAAGUCUGGCAACCCAUCCAUGAAUCUUCCAUUGUCUGAUAGGAAUUCAAUAUUGUAUUUCAAAGUUUUCUUUCUCCUUUAAAAUGAUACGCUUGCCAGCUGUUUAGCUGAAUGACCAACAGGAUAUAAAAGUGAAACAGGUUACAUGAAUGAUGGAGAACCUUCUCAUGGUGUGACAGUAAUAAACCAAAUGAUGUGUGUUUGGGUGUGACAGUAAUAAACCAAAUGAUGUGUGUUUGGGUGUGA